CUUAGCUGUGCUUACGUUAUGCGUAUAUCAAGUGAAUAGUACCGAUAAAAUAAUGAUUAGACAGUGUGCUAAUUAUAAUCACAUAUGUGAUCCCCAUCAUCUACAACCAUGUUGUGACAACAAUUUGUCAUGCAAGCCACAACAAUGGACGAAUAAUUUUGUUUGCAGGGAUAAAGCACAGUUGAGAUCUUUUUGUAACAACGAUGAAGAGUGUAGUGAAAUUCUGCAUGCUAAAUGUUCAGCAGACAAACAAUGCAUUUGUAGAGCAAAUAAUAUCAGAAUCAAUGAUACAUACUGCUCACCGAAAUUGGGAGCAUUUUGUUGGAAUGACGAGAAAUGUAGUACUGAAAAUUCUAUCUGUAUUGAGAAGUCAUGUAAAUGCAAAGAAAAUUACCAGCAAUCCAAACAGCAAUGCGUACCACUAAUAAUAGGUUCACCCUGUGAAAAUAACGCAUCAUGUGAAGAAGUAAAAUUUUCCAAAUGUUCUGACUUUCAAAUUUGUGUCUGUUUGGUAAAUACAAUGCCCGUAAACAGGACACUGUGCUUACCAUUAUUAAAUGCACCUUGUCAAACUAAUGACGAUUGCUAUGUCGAUGAUUCAAUCUGCAUUAAUAGUGCUUGUCAAUGCCGGUUUAGACCCUUAACUGAAUCUAGCAAUAAAUGUGAACUGGCUCAUUUAGGGAUGUCAUGCAUGAGUAAUUUUACAUGUUCGAGAUUAUUAAACCAUUCAAUAUGUUCAAGAAGUGGUAAAUGUACAUGUGACACUAACUUAUAUUUAAUAGAAAAUAAUAAAUGCGUACCACUAGUUGAUUCAGUAUGCUGGGAUAAUGAACAAUGUGCAACAAAAAAUGCUAUAUGUAUCGAGAAUAAAUGUCAAUGUGAGCCUAAUUAUAUACAUCAAGAAUUAAACUGUAACCCAAUUUACUUGAACGGAACCUGUGAAACACAUUCGGACUGUAACACAAUAAGAUUCUCAAUGUGUUCGGAAAAUAAUAAAUGUGUUUGUAGAAACAAAUACAUAUCAAUCGACCCAUUCACUUGUACAGCAUCUUUAGGUGCAUCUUGUAAUGACAUUAAAGAAUGUGAACCUGCUGACUUAAUAUGCAUUACUGGUCAAUGUCAACAUAAUGCAAACUCGUCGAUACUGUCGAAUAAUAAACCUUUACACGUUGCCUUAGGAAGUUCAUGUCAAACAGAUGCAGAUUGUACAGCUAUUCCGAAUUCGAAGUGUUCUAUCGGUAAAAGAUGCAUCUGUGAGCUGACUACCAAUGCGGCCAAUAAAUUCGCUUGUAAGCCAACUUUGUAUGGAUAUUGUACAAGCAAUGAUCAAUGCCAUGGUAGUUUAUAUGAUUGUGUGAAUAAUAAGUGUCAGUGUAAGCAGGACUAUACAUCAGUGUCAGCUGAUCAAUGUACUGCAACACAUCUACUGUAUUCUUGCACUUAUGAUUCAGAGUGCAGUGAUCCGUGGCAUUCACAUUGCUCGUAUCACGGUAAAUGUGUUUGCAGAUCGAAUAAUAUUGCAGUGAAUCGAGCUACAUGUCUACCUAUUUUAAAUGGAUCCUGUUGGAGGGAUGAUCAAUGCACUAUCGAAAAUUCUAUUUGCAUUGAUUUUCGGUGUGUAUGUGAAUUGAACUUUAUUGCGGUCGCCAAGAAUUUAUGCAUAUCAAUUAAUUCAUCGAUACCUCAGCAAUAAAAAUUAUAAUGGGAAUUAGCCUAAAUUUAUGAUUUCCAUAUAAUUUCCGAUAGCAAUCAGUAUUGAUGCAGAUAAAGAUAUUCACAUGGCUUCCUAUAGGAAUCUACACCAAGCCAAAUUUAUAUGGGAAUCUAGUAUGGAUAUCCAUGUAGAUUUUAACCUUGAUACCAUAAACAGCAUAUGUAUAACAGGAAACUGUUACCUUGAUCAUCCUUUUUCAGAGCACCACUGGAAGUAUUAAGAUCUAACAACACUGGAUCUUAAAAUUUAAGGGUCAUUGUAAGUUUAUAACUGUAA